AUGACAAACAACUUUAUCGUUACUCUAAAGAAGAACACCCCAGACGUGGAAACUAAAAAGUUCUUGGAUUCCGUUCAUCGUGUAGGCGGUUCUAUCGAACACGAGUUCGAUAUUAUCAAAGGGUACACCAUCAAGCUUCCAGAUGUUCUCAAAUUGAACAAGUUGAAGGAACAGCAUAGCGAUGUCAUCCAGAACGUCGAAGAAGAUAAAGAAGUCCAUACCAAUUGA